AUGCGUCUCAUCAACACAAAGACACUCAAGCUCGAAGAGUAUUUCAACAACAUCCCGCCGUAUGCAAUCCUCUCACAUACGUGGGGCGAUGGCGAAGUGACCUUUGCGGACUGGUGCAACGGGCUGGCCACGGUGCGUAAAAAGGAGGGCUUCCGCAAGAUCGAGCUGACCUGCCAGCAGGCGGCGCACGAUGGCUAUGAAUAUGCCUGGGUCGACACGAACUGCAUCGACAAGACGAGCAGCUCGGAGCUGUCGGAGGCCAUCAACUCCAUGUUUGCAUGGUACCGCGACGCGCAGGUCUGCUAUGUCUUCAUGAAAGACGUCGUCGUCCCGGGCGAGGACGGCAACCCCAUGCCCUUGGUGACGCCAGGCGAGCCGCCGCCGCCGCCACCGGGUGGCCGUCCUAAGUACCUCGCCGACCCAGCUGUGCGCCGCGCGUUCAAGGCGAGUGCCUGGUUCACGCGCGGCUGGACACUGCAGGAGCUGUUGGCCCCGUCCAAGGUGCUUUUCUUCUCGUACGAGUGGCUGCCGUUGGCUACCAAGGAAACGGAAGGCAUGCUGAUUAGCGACAUCACCGACAUUGACCGAACCUACAUCAAGCGGCCUGAGGAUGUCUCCACGGCGAGCAUUGCGCGCCGCAUGUCGUGGAUGGCAAAGCGCCGCACAACACGCAUCGAGGACACCGCAUACUGCUUGCUUGGGCUGUUCGGCAUUCAUAUGGCGCUGCUGUACGGCGAGGGCCAUCGGGCGUUCCUCCGGCUGCAGGAGGAGAUUAUCCGCGUGUCCAACGAUCAAACCAUUUUCUGCUGGCAGGCUAGCAAGGUCGGAGGGCAACCGCCACAGACGCUUUCCAACAGCGAAGACAUGCUGCCGGCACCAGCUGGUGCCAAGAACGCCGCUUCGACGAACCCUGUGCGGCAAGACACGCACCGCAAGGCCGAGCUGGAGCAGUGGACCAGUUUUCUCGCGCCGCAUCCCAAAGUCUUCCGUGACUCGGCCCUCUACUUCUCCGAGUUUGGCAACACCGGCAGCGGCGGCGGCGGCGGCACCAUGGGCGGCUGGAGCGGUGGAAACAUGCCCGGUAGUGCUGGAAGCUUCAGCACAUUGGGAAGCGCAAACGCUGCGUCCGGAUCGUCUGACAUCGGCCCAUACGCAAUCACAAACUUUGGCCUGAGCAUCUCCCUCCCUUUGCUCUACACUGCCAAGGGAGCAUGUGCUGUUCUUGACGUAGGCUACCGCCGCACGUCCAACGAUCGGGCGUCCCGCGUCGUCGUCCCGCUGCACCGCCUCCAAAGCGGCCACUAUAUUCGCCUGUCCACCCAGCUGUUGAUCAUGCAGGUACCCGCCGCCCUGACUGCCUCACGGACCCAAAUCUUUGUUGACUGUCGAAAUGCGCAGUCCCGCGGCACGGCAUUGCUGCUCAACCAGCGCGUCAGCGCACGGCCUGUCAAUAUGGCUGGCGGCGCGGCUGACAAACACCAGCCUGUUCUCUUCUUAACCUUCAACCGGCCCGUGGACCUCGACCGCACCCCGGUGGCGGCAUCGGACAUGGAUUUCGUGCCAUUUCACAGCGCCAUCGAAGUCAGUGUCCACGGCUUGGGCGCACAGAGCGCUGCCAUUCUUUCUGGAAAGGCUGCUGCUGGCGGCGUUGGCAUCAAUUACGGCAAUGGCAAUGCUCCUGCAGGCGCCGCCACAACAGAGCUGUUCCACCUCCUCGUGGGCGCCCGUACCAAUCAAGCAGUCACGUCCGACACUCCUGGAGCGGUCAGCAGCGGCGGCAGUGCUGCCACCAGGAAGCAUCGCGGCGUCCUGCCGCACGCCUCGUCCUCGUCCAACUCGUUGUCAUCAAAUCCUAGUACUCCCACAGCCUCGGACGACCAUGUCAGCCUGGACUGGCACGCCGAUGUGUGGGCACAAUCGCCGUCACUGCUCGGCGUGUUUUCGGGCACCGCAGGCAAGGCCACCACCCUCAAACCGCUGGUUAGCCGCUUGUCAGCCGACUACUUUGGCUCCUGGUGCACGUCCCGUGCCCUGCGAAACGUCUUGUCCUGGCGAUACUCUACGGAGGGUGCACUAGUGGUUUAUUUCGAAUUGGAUGAGCUGUACAGUAGUGGUUCUGGGGAGGGAGCAGAGGGAAAAAAUGGUACCGAACGUACUGGCACCCUGACGACGUUGAAUGGCGACGACGACGAGCUUGUGCGCUUCAGUCACUUACGCCGAUCCACCGCGACGACAUCUUCCAUAGAGCAACUGUUCGAUAUGAUGGCGCCGUCGCUGACCUCAACGCUAUCCAAAAUGACAACUGCGGCAUGGGACACGUCGGUUUCAAUAAAGUGA